AGGGCAGGGCAAUGAGAAGUGGCGUCCAAGAGGCGCGAUUCCCAUAUUCGUAGAAUUUAUACUUUAGCCUCGGCCGUAAGUGUCAGACUAUUAUAUCAUGUAAGAAGAAGUGUAUGCACCUUCCGCACAUUUAUGACUUUCCACCUUAGACUCUAAAGUCUGAUAUCCUUAUGUCAGCACAUUAUCCACCUCAGUAUUCGGAAUCGGCAUCACAACCCUCAUUCAUCCAUAUUCGCACACCUACCACGUCGAUCUAUCUUCGACGUCCAAAUAAGUAAGGUGAAUCGGAAUAAUAGGCAAGCCAAACGCAAAGAGUAUAGCUUCAACGCCUCAACAGUUAUGAAUCGGCUGAUCCUCUCCCCCGAUUGGAUAUACCUAGGGUAUACCCAAUGAACGCCGCGAGCUGGCGAACGCGAUACCGAAUGUAUCUGUGCCGCAUUCCUCAUGUCGACCGCUGUUUGUUGGUUAGAAGCCUGUCCUCCUAAUAAGCUGGCUUCCUCGCCCACGGACUGUAUCGCUUCGAUGUUCUUUGACUUCUUAUGCCAAUCUUUAUUAUAUUUAAAACGAGCAUAAGGAGAGUACGAGAUCAGCCAUCUACGGUUACUUUAAAUUGCGUAACAUUGGGCUUAUCGAGAGGGAAUGUGUUUUGUUAGACAAAGACUAGGCUAGAUUCAACAGCCAGCCCAAACCCUCGUUUAUUUCGGUUUGCUCGUCAUCAUGGGGUUGGUCGAAACGGCGCUGGACCAUAUGUCCUUCAAGUCCGCCUUCAUAGUCCUCUGUGUCGUCCUCUGUGUCGUCUAUGCCUUGUGGACUAUAUAUGUCAAAAUCGACGAGACAGUUCGACUGCGACGGCUCGGCGUCCGGGGUCCACGGAUCAAGAGUAACGCACCGUUCGGCAUAGAUAUCGUCAAGAAACAUAUCGUCGGUUCCAUCAACCACACAAGCUAUGAGGUAUUCCUCCAAUUUGUGGCCGAUAAACCCAACUACACUGCCGAGUCCGUCCUUCUCGGAAACCGCAUAAUCACGACUGCCGACCCCGAGAACAUUAAGGCGGUCCUCGCUACCCAGUUCGCAGAUUUUGGUAAGGGCGAACAGUUCCAUAAGGAGUGGAGCGAGUUUCUCGGCGACGGCAUCUUUGCUACCGACGGUCACCAGUGGCAUGCCAGCAGACAGCUCCUCCGCCCUCAGUUUUCGAGGGAGCGUAUCAGUGACUUGAAUUAUUUUGAGUCUCAUCUUGAGACAUUCUUCAAAGCUAUAGCGAAUGGCGGUGUUCUGGACGGCGAGGAGCAAAAGGUCGGUAUCGAGGCUGGUAACGGUAUACCAUUCGAUAUCUGCGAUCUCUUAUACAGAUAUACUCUCGAUGUCGCUACCGACUUCCUGCUAGGGUUGGACAUACAGUCCCUCAUCAAACCACGCGAGCCCUUCGCCGACGCCUUCAACGAGGUGCAGAGAGUCCAGAAUAUCCGCGCGCGUGCUGGCCCGCUCGAUCCAUUAGUGCCUAAGAAGACCUUCCGGCAAGGCCUCAAGGUGGUCAACGAACUUUGUAACAUCUACAUCGACCGUGCCCUGCGCCUCAGCCCUGAAGAACUAGCGUCCAAAACCAAGUCCGAUCAGGAUUACACCCUCCUGCACGAACUUGCUUCCUUCACCCGCGACAGGAAAGUCCUCCGUGAUCAACUCGUCGCUGUACUUCUCGCCGGACGCGACACCACCGCCUCCACACUAUCCUUCACCUUCUACGAGCUUGGCCGCCACCCCGAAAUCGUGCACAAAAUCCGGCAGGAGAUCAUGGAGCAAGUUGGCCUAGACCGUACGCCUACGUACGCCGACCUGAAGAGCAUGAAGUACCUCCAGAACGUAAUCAAUGAGACGCUGCGCCUAUACCCCGCUGUGCCGUACAACGUGCGCACAGCACUCAAAGACACGAUGCUCCCGCGCGGCGGCGGGCCCGACGGCUCUCUACCGCUGCCGGUGCUAAAGGGAACGGCAAUCGGAUACUCGACGUUAGUGAUGCAACGCCGGCCCGACCUGUACCCGGCCGGAUCAAACCCAGAUGUGUAUUGUCCAGGAAGAUGGUUCUCCUGGCAGCCGAAGCCGUGGUGCUACAUCCCGUUUAACGGGGGCCCGCGCAUCUGCAUCGGGCAGCAGUUCGCGCUGACGGAGAUAGCGUACGUGCUCACACGCGUGUUCCAGCGUUUCGAGCGCGUGGAGAGUUUCAUGCACGAGGUUGAUGGGGGCAAGCCGAAGCUCAAGUGUGAGGUUGUGAUUAAACCGGGGGAUGGCGUUAGGGUUGCGCUGUGGGAGGCGAAGGAGGUGUGA